AUGAGCACUCUCAGCCACGGCGGGAAGUGGCGGGAAGUGGCAGGAAGUGGCGGGAAGGUCCGGGACCCGGUUUCCGCUUGGCAUCUGGGGUUGUCUCUUCAAAGGCAGAGCAUCGCCAAGAUCAUGAUCGGACGGGUGCUCAGAAAGUCGAGUUCUGGGAUUAGCGCCGUCGAUCGCUUUGCAAAUGUUGGCCAGAUCACGGUGCCGCCAUGGCCAUUCUCAAUGGCCAGCGGCCUCAGAUCACAACAGCAGAAGCAGUCCUGUGAUGUGCUUUACGACGUUCCAAAGCUUUCCAGAACGCUGGAGCUCGAGUUUCAGGGCUUUUCACAUGUCAGCUCGGGCCUUUCAAACAGCGUCAGCGUGCACGAGGUUCACGGCAUUCGGGCGGAAGCCUUGGGGGAUUCGAGACUGUUCCCCAGUUGUUCGACGUGCUCAGGGGCCACAUACAUCUUCCAGAUUGUGGGCAUGGAUGCGGGCUGA